GCAGAGAAGUGGAUCCUGGAUGGAUCUGUGGGGCCUGGGCCGGCAGCCUACGCACCCAACCAUGGAGCCGGCAGCCAAGCGCUGGGGGCUGGAGGUUGCAGUGCGGUUGCAGGUGAGUUCUGGAGGGUAGCUCGAAUGAUCCUAUCGGAGUCCUAUUCACGGCAACUUUUCCAGAAGUCGGGUCGACAUGGGCACGCGAGCUCGCAGCUGGCGCCUCCAGACUGUCGUUCAGAGGGGCUCGCCGGCCUACUCGACGGCUGGGCGGGGCAAGGACAAAUCGCGUUCGAUGGGACCUGGCCCCGGUCACUAUGGCCCUCCGCGAAGCACAUUGAGGGGCAAAGUCGGAAGGUGGGGCGAUUCUCCCAAUUUGCGACCCAAGAGCGCUCCCUUCGACGACGGCAACGGCCGAAGUCCAGGCCCCAACUACAUGCCUGGAGAGGGACCUCAUGGACCGCGCUACAGCAUCGGAGCUCGACGGGAGGCUGCCAGGCUCAUGCUGGGCAGGUUGCCAGGACCAAGGACUCAGUUUGGCUACUGAGAUUACCUGAGGUGUGCGGAGUUACAAAUAGGAAAGCCAUCGAGACCUUUGAUGUGCUGGAGUAA